AUGAGUACGAAAGGAGCGGUGCAGGUGGAGAAGACCGCCAUUGGGGGCUCCUUGGAAAUACCAAGAAUAGUCAAUGGCCUAUGGCAGCUUUCUGGCGGUCAUGAUAAAGAUGUCAACAUUGCCUCUGCAUCCAGCGCCAUGGACCAACUGAUAAACCGGGGAUUGUAUGCCUUCGACAUGGCAGACCAUUAUGGUGAUGCAGAGCUCGUUGUUGGCCAUCAUAACAAGUCUACGGGUCCUAAAUUGACAGCUUUCACCAAAUGGUGCCCCGCCGAAAACGGUAUCAAGACCUUCGCGAAUGCCGAGGCCGCCAUUGACCAUGCCUUGUCAAGGAUGAGACAGGACAAGAUCGAGCUGCUUCAGUACCAUGCGUGGGACUAUUCAGAUGACACAUAUAUACACAAUCUUAAUCACCUCAAAUCCUUGCAAACAAAGGGAAAAAUUGGCCAUGUCGGUCUCACCAACACGGAUGCCGCACACCUUGAGAUGCUCUGCGAGAGCGGGUUUCGUAUAGCUACCAACCAAGUUCCAGUUAAUGUCAUUGAUCGUCGUGUCAUGACGGGGCGCCUGACCCAGGUGUGCCAAAAGAACAAUGUCGGCAUCCUGGCAUAUGCGUCCUUGUUGGGUGGCUUCCUGAGCGAGAAGUGGGUAGGUCAACCGGAGCCGACCGACCCCGAAUCUCUGAAUUGGAGCUUGCGCAAAUAUCUCCGGUUCAUAUGGGCAGCUGGCGGGUGGGAUAAGUUCCAGGUCGUAUUGCAGGCGCUGGCCACGAUUGCUUCACGACACGAAGUGCCCAUUGCCGCUGUGGCGACGCGGUGGGUGCUGGACGUCCCGGCCGUUCAAGCAGUCAUCGUGGGAAGCCGACUCGAUGAGAAGACUGAUGAAUAUGCUGCCAAGAACCUCUUGGCAUUUACGUUCCAGUUGACCGACGAAGAUAGAGCAUUGAUCUCGGAGGCGCAGCGCGGCCUCAGCGACGUGCCUGGAGACUGCGGGGACGAGUAUCGACGACCACCGUUUUUGACCGUCACGGGAGAUUUGAGCCACCAUCUCUCCAACCCUGAGCAGUCUGCAGCCGUCGCAGCAUCAAUUGCGAAAGGACAGCGCAUAGAAUACCGGACGGGAAGUGUGUGGGAACCAAUCGCUGGUUACUGUCGGGCCGUCCGCGUGGGCAACUCGAUCCACGUGUCCGGAACCACGGCCAAUUCGCCAAUCUCGGAACUGCCGAAUGUUGGAGGUAGCUCUGCUCACAGUCAAACGGUUUGGAUACUUGACAUCAUAGAACGCUCCGUGAAAGCCCUCGGGGCUUCUUUUUCAGAUAUCGUUAGAACUCGCAUCAUGGUUCAAAACAUCGAAGAUUGCGAAGAAGUCAGCCGCGCUCAUGGAUGGCGAAUGAAGUGUGCGGAUAUACUACCAGCUAACACGCUUAUCAGUGCCGGCGUAGUGGGUGACAACAUGCUGGUGGAGAUUGAGGCCUGGGCUGAGGUUGGCUCCGGAGAUCGAGGCGUACUGCAAAUCGGGAACUGA